GAGAGUUCAACAUGGCGCUGCCUAUGGCAUGCUACGAACAGUAAGAGUUUCAACCCUCAUGCCUUCAGUAUUCAAGGGUGCGUGCCUUUAUUCAUGUUAUGCUCAGAGUCUGAGUGCAGUUCCAAUAACAGAGAUUUUAUUUUCCAUAACUGCCAAUGCUCCUUACCACUUACUGAUAAGCUGCAGAAAUAUUCACAAUGAGAGGCCAUCAGCUAAUGAACCAUUGCAAGACGUGGCUUGUGUUCCUUCAAUUUGAUGGUACCAUGACAGCAGAGCCAGCUAGAGCAUUAUGCACACAUCAUCAUCAUUGUGUGUCUAAGAUGUUUCAACCAUCCUACAUCUUACCAAAAGGGAUGCGACAGGAAGGGAUAACCUGUAAAAGUCAACGACUUAUGAUGGAGAAUGGCUUGAUCCGACCAGCAGGCACUGGAAUUUUUCACCUUCUACCCUUGGCCCAGAGGGCUCUGGACAAACUCAUUAGAGUGAUUGAGUCUGAGAUGAGUAGGGUUGGAAGUCAGAAGAUGGCCAUGCCAUCUCUUACCUCCUCAGCUUUGUGGAAGACAUCUGGUAGAUGGGAUAUGAUGGGCAGUGAGCUUUUCAAACUCAGAGACAGGCACAAAACAGAGCUCUGUCUUGGCCCUACACAUGAAGAAGCAGUCACAGAUAUCAUAGCAGCUGAAGGUUUAUUGUCUCAUAAACGACUUCCAAUAAGGCUGUAUCAGAUCACAGCAAAAUUCAGAGAUGAACCACGGCCAAGGUUUGGGUUACUGAGAGGAAGAGAGUUCAUCAUGAAAGAUUUAUAUACAUUUGACUCUAGCGAAGCGACAGCUUUGGACACAUAUGACACUGUCUGUGAUGCCUAUACAAGGUUGUUUAAGAGACUUCAAGUAGACUUUGUCAAAGUUGUCGGAGACACUGGCAGCAUAGGGGGCAGUCUAUCCCAUGAAUACCACCUGCUUGCAGAAACUGGAGAGGAUGAACUGUUCCAAUGUGAUAAGUGUGGUCUGGGUGCGAAUGCAGAAACAACAGUGGGAGGAACAAGACCAUCCUGUCCAGAGAAGUUAGAUGAAGUUGGAUGCCCAAUGAGAUUAAGGAGAGGAAUUGAAGUGGGUCAUGCAUUCCUUCUAGGAAGCAAAUACUCCAAACUCUUCAAGGCUUGCUACGCUGACGCAGCUGAUAGGAAACAGCUCAUAGAGAUGGGUUGUUAUGGUCUUGGAGUCACCCGGAUUCUAGCUGCAUCCAUCGAGGUUUUGUCCUCUGAGGAUGAGAUUCGUUGGCCUCAAAUCAUUGCUCCAUAUCAAGUCUACAUCAUACCUCCCAAGAGGAAAAGCAAGGAUGAAGCUGCAAUCCCAUUGGCUGAGACAUUGUGCAAUGAUAUCACCAGUUGCAUCUCUAGACUGCAGGACGAAUUGCUGUUGGAUGACAGGGAUCAGCUGACCAUAGGUCGAAGGGUCACUGAUGCAAAGAAACUUGGUUACCCAUACCUCAUUGUUGUAGGUAAAAGAGCACUUGAAGCAGAACCAUUGUAUGAGCUACAUGAUACGCAACGAGGAACAAUAGAAUGUGUCUCCAAAAUAGACCUUUUUAAAACUCUUGAGUCCAGAAGUGUUGUAUGACCAUAGAAGAUUCCUUCCUUUGAGUCAAGUUAGAAGAAAGUUGAGUCUUUUUGGAACUGGCCUCCUACAAAGGAGUAUCUGAUCAAAUCUCAGAGAUUCACAGAUUACUGGUGUUGCUGUUUAUUUAUGGUUAGGUUACAAUGCUCCUCAUCCCCUUCUCAUUUGGGAUGUCAGUGGAUCAUUUGUUCUGACCACAGUAACAAAUUCAUGGUGAACCAUAUAACAUAGAAACAGUGGUAAAUGAGCACUCUAGUUUUAACUGUUUCUAUGACAAUGCUUUAUGAUCAAUAAAACUAGAGAAAAUCUUUGAAAAUUAAAACUAGAGAAAAUCUUUGAAAAUUAAAAAAAAAUACAUACAUGGUUAUCCAUAGAAGUAAAGUUGUUUCUCAAACUUUCCAGCUUGACUGGAAUUACCCAAACCCAUUUACUUUUGGAUAUUGUCUUCAGUGUCAACAUUUAGUAUGAGACAUAAAUCUCCAUUUAUCUGUGAUUUCAUCAAAUGCAACAUAUUUCUAAAAUAAAAGAGUAACCGCCUCAAUUUUUUCUCUGGGA